CUGCAGCACCAGGGAGGGCCUCAGGCAUUAUGUUUAAGCUGGCUUCUUAAAGAAUGAAAUAGCUCAAACAUUCAAGCCAAUUAAAAAGAAAUAAGGUUUUAAAUUUUAUUUUUAGAACUUAUUCUCCUGGAGUAAGUUUGGGAGAUGAGCUCAGUUUGUGAAUAACCACAGCAUAUGGGACUUGGGCAAAAAGGGUACUCUCAUCCUGAUCUGCCUCGGCUUUGCACCCCAGUCAUCCCAAGUAAACGUCCUGGGUAUCAUCCCUGGCUCUGUGGCCCUGGUCCCUGGUCUCGGGCCUGAAAAUGCCAAAACCCAGAGAGCAUAAAAAUAAAAAAGACCAGACCAAGACAGUUCUCUCUCCUAGACUGGUCAGUCUGGUGGUUCUAACAAUCCUAACACCCUCCUACCUACACUUCUCCUAAUCCUUCUCUCAGGUUUAGAUGAACCCUCCUUUGGACAACUGAGUCUUUAUUCUCCAUCUGUGUUAGCCUAGUUUCUAUGGGUCCUAUGACCUUCACUACUGCGUGCCCACCUGGUGAAUUACUCAUGAGACUAAACAGCUGUGAAGGCCAGAGCCUUAGAACUAGCUGCUUUUAGAACACCCUCCCAUUAGGAACCCUUCAACUGUUAGGAGUGGAAAUUUUGCUCUUGUUCCAUCUGCAUCAGUCUUUCCCACUUGGUUUUAGACUGAUCCUGACUCUGCUGUUGUCUUAUCCUCACAGAAAGUUGAGGAAGCGAGCGGCCAAAGCAUCGGCCCAACGCCCCAAGUCCCUUGGAAGACCAAUCACCAAACUUAAAGUCAUACCCAAACCCCGAAUGGGCAGGGGGCCAAUCAAGAGGUAAAUAUAGUUGAAGUUGGGUGGAGAAGAGUGGGAGCUUCUAGUGACGAGUUGGGGGAAGUGGGCUGUGGUCAGGAAGGGUUCAAAAGAGGCCCUGAAAAGGUGAAGGAGCAGCAGCAGCAAUUACAAAUCACCUUCUAGAUGAAUCACUAACACAUAAAGAUGGCCCUUAUGUUGGUCUCUGUUGAAAUUAUGCCUUUAUGUUGGAAUUGUGCUCAUCCCCAGAUUUGUUAAAAGUCUCAAUGUUUAUCUACUGAUUACCCUUAUUCCACAGGCUUAUCUCCCCUGCACCCAGUCAAUCCUUGUAGAUCAGAUACUCUGACACUUUUUUUCCUUCAGACACACUUCUCCCCUGAGAAGUCUGCCUAAGAGAUCGGUAUCCCCAUUCUACUUCACCUGAUUAAUAUUUUUAAAUGCUACCUGCUUUGAGUUGAGACUCCAGGUCUUCUCUGGAACCUUUACCAGGGAUGGAUUCACAUAGACAGUCUGGCCCAGUAACAGAUAGUCUUCCAUAAUUUUCCUCCUGGGUUCUUUUGGAACCCAAGGGAAGCUUCCAAUCCCAUGAUCAACCUCACUUCUGAUCAGUCUCACUUUCAAAGGUCAUAUGCAUAUGCAAAAUCUCCCUGAGUUGAGAUACAGAGAAAUCAUCCCUUUCAUUGUCCCCUCCUCUCUUCAGCACAUUCAGGGAUCACCCAGUGAUCCCCCUUGGUAUCCCUUAAUUCCCAAGCCCUCCUCUGUGGCUUCCAAGUUGCUUAGAAUUUGAGGGUGUUGUUGAGCCCCUCUGGUUUGGGGUCAUCUUUGUCCAACAUGGCCAUACUCUGGCUCCACAUUAAAGUGCAUGCUGUCAUUUUUUACACUAUUAGUUAUGGGGAAAAGGGAGGAAGGAGUUGAGGAGAGAGAUGUCUUUCCUGCCAUGGCCUCUUUAACUUUUAUUUUCAGCCAAACAGGACUUUGGGAGAGUACCUGAUCUCUUUGAACUUCAGAAUCCACUUACCCUGAACUUCUAAAGGUAUUCUGUAAUGUCUCCAGGCUUUGUUUUGUUCCUAACUUCUGUCUUCCUACUCAAUGGCUUCACAUCAUCUGUUCCUUCCCUCAUCUGACAUUAAGUGACAAGGCACAUUACUCCAAUAAUCUACCACCAAACCAGCCUCAUCGGGUUCCCUUCUCUUUGGACUCAAAUCAGCGGUUCUGGAAAGGAGGUACUCCUCUCUUCACAAAGCUUCCUGCAACUGCUCAUUCUGUUGGUGUCAGUAAACAAAUUCUCAUUCUCUCAGGCAUCUCUCUGCAGUGUUUCCAAGCUUUAACAUCUCUACUUUAGUCUCAUAUUUCUGUUGGAGAGACCAGAAUGUUCUGUUACAUUUAAAAUCACAGAAGCAUGGACUACCUCAUUCAAGACUGGCUCAUCUUAGGUCUGGGGAUAGCAUUCUGGUGUUCAUAUUCAUGCUAUGUGUCUGGUCACAAGGUCCUUCUAAUAUUUGUCUCUCUUGUGUUGAUACAUCUUCAUUCUUGCAUAUGCCAGUUCCAAUCUUUCCUGCGUCCACCAUCUAGUCUGUUUUUUUCGUAACUGCAUAAUGUACUCUGAGAAGCCACUCAGACCCAGGAGACCAUCUUAUGCCUUUGUAUCCUGACUCAUCAGCUAUUUCAGUCUCAGCAUAACAGAAGGAUCUGCUCACACUGGCUAUUCAAACUUCCUGUUUGUGUCAGCCACUCCCUCCCGCCCAUCUCUUCCACUGGGGCACCCUGGCUUCCCGUUCUCUUUGCACAGCAGCGUCAGCCUCAGCCUCCAUUAGGGCCAGCAGCCUGAAACCAUGUGGAGUAAGGUUUCUGUCAGGCAAGUCAAGACUAGCCAUCCUUCCCUCAAGGCUCUUCUGCUGCAGAAGGUCCCCAAGGGCCCCCACCUGAGUAACCUAGGCUGCUCUUGCAGCUCGGAAACUCAUCACUCCCUUUGUCUCUUCAGAGGGAACAGCAGAAAGAGGGAAAGGAAAGAAUAAGUGGUCAUGAAAGCUUGGGGGAUGGUGGAAGCAUGGAUUGGGAGGAGGGUUGUGGGCAAAGGUGCAGGAGCAUUGUUUUACCCUACUGCACCCCACUCCUGUCCCCCCAGGUUGCUGGCCCAGCGGCAGCAACACUCCUUUGGUCUGCAUGGGGUGGCAUGCAUGGGCACGGAAGCCCACCUCUCCCUCUGCUCCUUGGAGUUCUAUCGAGCCAAUGACACCACCAGGUGCCCUGGGGGGGCCCCUGCGGUGGUGAGCUGUGUGCCAGGCCUUCUCUACGCAGCAUCCAGUGGCCAGAAGAAGCAACAACAGUCGAAGCCGCAGGGGGAGGUCCGAGUGCGUCUAAAGGGUGGGUCCCAUCCUGGAGAAGGCCGAGUGGAAGUCCUGAAGGCUGGCACAUGGGGCACAGUCUGUGAUCGCAAGUGGGACCUACAGGCAGCCAGUGUGGUGUGUCGGGAGCUGGGCUUUGGGAGCGCUCGAGAGGCACUGAGUGGUGCCCGCAUGGGCCAGGGUAUGGGUGCCAUCCACCUGAGUGAAGUUCGAUGCUCUGGACAAGAACCCUCCCUCUGGAGGUGCCCCCACAAGAACAUCACAGCUGAGGACUGUUCCCACAGCCAGGAUGCGGGAGUUCGAUGCAACCUGCCUUACACUGGGGUAGAAACAAAGAUCCGACUCAGUGGGGGCCGCAGCAGAUAUGAGGGGCGAGUCGAGGUGCAAACAGGAGGACCUGGGCCUCUUCGCUGGGGCCUCAUCUGUGGGGAUGGCUGGGGGACACUGGAGGCCAUGGUAGCCUGUAGGCAACUUGGACUGGGCUAUGCAAACCAUGGCCUGCAGGAGACCUGGUAUUGGGACUCUGGAAACAUAACAGAUGUAGUAAUGAGUGGAGUGCGCUGCACAGGGACAGAGCUGUCCCUGGACCAAUGUGCUCAUCACGGCAUCCACAUCGCCUGCAAGAGGACAGAGGCCCGCUUCACUGCUGGAGUCAUCUGCUCUGAAACUGCAUCAGAUCUGCUGUUGCACUCAGCAUUGGUACAGGAGACGGCCUACAUCGAGGACCGGCCCCUACACAUGUUGUAUUGUGCUGCAGAAGAGAACUGCCUGGCCAGCUCGGCCCGCUCAGCCAACUGGCCUUAUGGCCAUCGGCGUCUGCUCCGAUUCUCCUCCCAGAUCCACAACCUGGGAAGAGCUGACUUCAGGCCCAAGGCUGGGCGCCACUCCUGGGUGUGGCAUGAGUGUCAUGGGCAUUACCACAGUAUGGACAUCUUCACUCACUAUGAUAUCCUGACCCCCAAUGGCACCAAGGUAGCUGAGGGCCACAAAGCUAGCUUCUGUCUAGAAGAUACUGAGUGUCAGGAAGAAGUCGCCAAGAGGUAUGAGUGUGCCAACUUUGGAGAGCAGGGCAUCACCGUGGGUUGCUGGGAUCUCUACCGACAUGAUAUCGAUUGUCAAUGGAUCGACAUCACAGAUGUGAAGCCAGGAAACUAUAUUCUGCAGGUGGUCAUCAACCCCAAUUUCGAAGUAGCGGAGAGUGACUUCACAAAUAAUGCAAUGAAAUGUAACUGCAAAUAUGAUGGACAUCGCAUCUGGGUGCACAACUGCCACAUUGGUGAUGCCUUCAGUGAAGAGGCCAACAGAAGGUUCGAGCGCUAUCCUGGCCAGACCAGCAAUCAGAUCGUCUGAGGUGCCACCACCUCCUCGGCAAACCACCACUGGCCCCUAAGGCAGGGGUCUGAGGCUGCAUUACCUCAGGAGCUUACCAAGGAACCCUCGAU